AUGACUAACGGAGGUAAUCAUAAUGAAAUGAAUGUGCAUUCAUUAGAAAGCUCAAACGAUAAUGUGCCGGACAGUUUGGAUAUUAAGAAAGUACGGAAGCCUAGGGGCAAAAGGAUGAGUAAGCUAUCUGAAUCUCAGAUCAAAAUCAACCAUGUGUUAUCUGAAAAGAAGAGAAGAGAGUUAGUUAGAUCAAUUUAUGAUGAUUUAGUAGAUGUAGUGCCUGAUCUAACAGAGAAAGAAAGUAGAUCAGAGAUGAUUAUAUAUUUGAAAACUAUCAAUUAUUUAAAAUGGUUAUACAAGAGGAAUGCAUAUCUGCGAUCCGAAUUAAUAAAAAAUAUAAAGAUUCGAAAAAUGGCAAGCAAGUGA